CAAUAAUGGAGGACCAUCCUUACAACCCGUGGUAAACUCUGAACAAAUGCCCUCUUUACUCUGAAUAUCUGAGGCACCUAGCAGUUCUCAAUCGCUCGAAAAACCGUGAUCGUAGCAACAUGGCUUCGGAUUCUGCACCCCAGAAUCCUGGCUGCAGGAUCAUGACUUUUCAGCCUACCAAGGAGGAGUUCAAAGACUUCAGUCGCUAUAUAGCCUACAUGGAGUCCCAAGGAGCACACAGGGCUGGCAUGGCCAAGGUCAUACCUCCUAAAGACUGGAAGCCCAGGAAAACGUAUGAUGAUAUCGAUGACCUGGUGAUUCCUGCACCCAUUCAACAAGUGGUGACUGGCCAGUCUGGUCUCUUCACGCAGUACAACAUUCAGAAGAAGCCAAUGACUGUCCGGGAGUUUCGCAAGACUGCAAACACAGACAAAUUCUGCAACCCUAGAUAUGUGGACUUUGAAGAACUUGAGAGGAAGUACUGGAAGAACCUAACAUUCAACCCUCCUCUCUAUGGAGCAGACGUUAACGGCACUCUUUAUGAUCCUGAUGUCAAGGAAUGGAAUAUUGGCAGCUUGAACACAAUCCUUGACACAGUGGAAAGGGAGAGUGGCAUCAAGAUCAAAGGCGUGAACACACCAUAUCUGUACUUUGGGAUGUGGAAGAGCACAUUUGCCUGGCACACUGAAGACAUGGACCUCUACAGCAUCAAUUAUCUACACUUUGGAGAGCCCAAGUCCUGGUACUGUGUGCCCCCAGAGCAUGGAAAAAGGCUGGAGCGCCUAGCCAAGGGCUUUUUCCCAGGAAGUGCCCAAAGUUGUGAGGCCUUCUUAAGACACAAGAUGACUUUAAUAUCACCCUCGAUCCUUAAGAAGUAUGGAAUACCUUUUGAAAAGGUUACCCAGGAAGCCGGUCAGUUCAUGGUGACCUUCCCAUAUGGUUAUCACGCUGGCUUCAACCACGGCUUCAACUGUGCAGAGUCCACCAACUUUGCCACACAGCGAUGGAUUGAGUAUGGGAAGCAGGCCAUUCUGUGCUCGUGCCGCAAGGACAUGGUGAAGAUCUCCAUGGACCUGUUUGUGCGGAAGUUCCAGCCCGAGCGCUACAAGCUGUGGCUGGCCGGCAAGGACAACGGGCCCAUCGACCACUCCAAGCCCACGCCAGAGGCGGCCGAGUUCAUCCAGGGCGGCAGAGAGAGGUUCCUGGUGGAGCUGAAGAAAGAGGAGCCUGCCUGUGGCAACGCUGGUGCUGACAAGAUGGAGACUGAGACCUCCAGCACCACUGGAGCAGCAGGGGAGGAGAGCAGUGCUAAAGAGAAGACGGCGGUGAAGAGGCAGCAUGACUGUGUGGAGGGUGAAGGGCAGCAGCAGGAGGAGAAGCAGCAGCAAGACAAGGGUGCCUCAGGUCACAAGGAGGAGGUGGAGCAGAAGAAGAGUCGACUCUCCACACCUGAGAAGGACGCCCAGAAGCCAGAGCCCAGCUCAGCAGACACGGUGAAAGUGGCAGAAUCCCCGCAGAAGAAGCCGGACGAGCCGAAACCCGAGCAGAAGUCUCCAAGCGUGGAGCGGACGCCGACCAAGCUGGUGGUGUUCCACACUCAGGCCCAGCCGGGGCUGAAGACGUCCCUGCAGCCAACCCAGCUGGCCAUGCCAACCGUGAGGGAGGCAGAGUCCACCCCGCCUGCCCCAUCCAAGCCCACCCUUACUGCUACUCCUGCUCCACAGCCUGUAAAGGUGCAGGCAAAGCCUACCCCAGUAGAUGAAAAGCCUGCCCCUGCUGCAGGCCCAUCCGUCAGCGAUAAGGCCACGAAGGGAAAACCAGCUGUUGAGGCGAAGAACUCUAAAAUGAAGCAGCAAAAUGAGGAAGCAAAGCCUGCACAGGUGGAGGUGAAGGUGGCUUCAAAUCAGGUGGUGGUGGCAGCGGCGGCAGCUCCUGUCACAGAUGUGGCGCCGCCUAACAAGGUCAAAUCAACGAAACCGGAGCCUGCUGAUCCACAGCCUUCACAUGUGGAGCUUCCGAAGAAGGAGCAGACGGGGAAAGAGCCUCCCGGGAGAAGCCCUCAAGUCAAGAAGAAGCCUGCGGAGGUGAAGCCAGCUCAGGUGGAACCAGCUCCAGCUACACUGGCUCCAGUGGUAGCGUACAAGUUAAUGCCAGCCAAGUUUGAGCCUCUGGAGGUCCAGAAAGCUGAGGCCAAGCCUUCCAAGGCCGAGUCGGUCAAACCACCCAAGGCCACCCAGGUCACGAAAGCAGCCAACUCCAUCUCUAGGAAUAGCUCCCUGCCUCUCAUAGCUCCAUCACCGUCAUCAUCAUCAUCAGAGAAGCCAUCAUCUUCAUCAUCGUCAUUAUUGUCGCCAUCGCUAUUACAGUCACAGGCUCCAGCCCCAGCACCCACCCCAGUGCAGCCAUGUCCGCCUCGCCACCCUCCUGCCAAAGCAGCCAAAUCUAAGGCAGCAGUAGCCUGCCCGGCAGCACCAGUGCCCACCACAGUGCCCAAGCAGCCCCAUCCUGUCACGCGUCCCCCGUGUACCAGCCAGGCCAACACCAAACCUGUCGCUGCCGCCACCACGUCAUCAACGUCAUCGGCGGCCCUCACCUUAGUCACCCUCGCCUCCAUUGCUGUCCCUGCCUCGAUGCCAACUCCCACCACAGCCGCCGCCGCCUCCACCACCGCUAAAGCUAACGCUAAUUCGGCAGCUGCCCCCGCCACUACCCCUGCUGGUGCUGCCCCGGCAGCCGCCACUAGCACCAGUCCGGCCCACCGGCUCUUCCAGAGGACGCUGAGUCCCGCGGAAGUGCUGCACGUGCACAGCUACGCCAAAGGAGACUACUGCAGCGAGGGCGAGACGCCGCGCAGGGAGGACAGGAACAGCUUCGCGGACGACAGCGAGCCCGACGAGGACGAUUAUGACGAGGACAAGAAGGAGCUGCACAUAGCUGAGGAUGAGGAUGAAGAAGAUGAGGAGGAGGAGGAGGAGGAAGAGGAGGAGGAGGAGGAGGUGGUGAAGGUACCCAAAGGAAAGCUGGGGAAACUCCCCCGUCAUCAUCCACUCAUCAAGGACAGCAUGAGCGAUGAGGAACUCCCGGAGCCUGCGCCCACAGAAGAGGAGGUGGAGGAAGGGGAGGCGUGGGCACGGCCGCUGGCGCACCUGUGGCUGAACCGUCCCUGUAACCUGGAGAAGGAGAGGGAGUACAACCGCAGCAGCGGACUGCAGAGACCCUACUGUUCCAUCUGCAUGCUCUUCCAGACCUACCAGCGGACGGAGUGUGGUGACGAGGACCCCUCGGGGCCCCUGGUGGGUCCUGCGGGUCGUCAGCGGACCAAGCCGCUGAUCCCUGAGGCCUGCUUCACCACCACCACAGAGGAGUCUGCCGAGCUGGACCUGCCCACCUCCUACCUGGAGGCCGACGGCACCAGCCUGCUCAUCAGCUGCUCGGUCUGUAGCGUACGCGUUCAUGCCAGCUGCUAUGGCGUGAACCCACACAGCGUGACCAAGGGCUGGAAGUGUGCCCGCUGCAAGGCCAACGCCAUGACCGAGAGCUGCUGCCUGUGUGCACUAAGGGGAGGCGCCCUGCACAGAGCCAACAAUGACAAGUGGGUGCAUGUCAUGUGUGCAGUGGCAGUGCUGGAGGCUCGCUUCGUCAACGUCUCCGAGCGCUCCCCUGUGGACCUCAGUGGCAUCCCCCUCCAGAGAUUUAAACUGAAGUGCUACUACUGUAAGCGGCGGAUGAAGAAGCAGGUGGGCUGCUGUGUGCAGUGCUCGCACGGCCGCUGCCCCACCUCCUACCACCCCUCCUGCGCCCAGGCGGCUGGCAUCCUCAUGCAGCCCCAAGACUGGCCCUUCGUAGUCUACGUCACCUGCUGGAGGCACAAAGCCCCCGUACAGGUCGAGCGCAACAAGGCGUCUCUUCGGGAGCUGGCAGAGGGCCAGAAGGUGAUCUGCAAGCACAAAAAUGGCCGCUACUACCAGUGCGACGUCAUCCAGCUGUACAAGGAGACCUUCUACGAGGUCAACUUCGAUGACGGCUCCUUCAGCGACAACCUGUUCCCUGAAGACAUUGUGAACCGAGACUGUGUUCAGCUUGGUCCCCCUCCACAGGGGGAGGCUGUGCAGGUGCGGUGGACGGAUGGCCAGCUGUACGGAGGGAAGUUUGUGGCCCACCACAUCAUCCAGAUGUACCAGGUGGAGUUUGAAGACGGCUCCCAGCUAACGUUCAAGAGGGACGAGGUCUACACGCUAGAUGAAGACCUGCCAAAGAGAGUCAAGACCAGACUGUCCAAGGCGUCGGACAUGAGGUUUGACGAGAUGUUUGGUGAGAAGAAGGUCCAGAGCACCAAGAGGCAGCGGGUGAUCAACUCCAGGUACCGGGGAGACUACAUCGAGCCGGUCAUCUACAGGGCCAUCAUGGAGUGAAGACCAGACCCACAGAGCUGGAACAACUCCCUUACCUCUCCUCCUCUCCUCUCUCCUCUCCUCUCCAACCUCCUGACCCAAUGCCCUCCAGAAGGUUCUGCUCUGUCGCUGCCUGACUCUCUGAUCACCAGCACUGAUUAAAUCAGGACUCUGCAUUGGAGCUCCGCUGAAAACAGUUGGGACUCUAUGAUGGCAGCGACUUGUGUUUUCGCUCUCUCUGGCGGCAACUCGCGUUUUCUCUCUCGUUCUCUCUGGACUCUCUGGCUUGGUUUCUUCCUGACUCUUCUCCAAGAGAACUGUGAACAUGAAAUGAAAUCCCCUCCCACUCCCCACCCGUGAUUGAUUGUUAAUAAUUCAGACAUAAAACAUGCAGAUACGCACAUACUUAUACCCCCCCCUUAACCACCCCCAGUUAAUUGCAGCAUUACUUUUUUUAACGUUGAGUUCUGCCGGUAGUGAGCCAUAAGUGCAUCUAUUUGACCCGAAGUGAAGUGGAGGUGGGGCUUUUAAGACUCUUUGCUCGCUAGACCUUGCACCUUUGGGACUGGGUCUUGGGGUUUCAAGUCUGAGACCACCUCUGGCAUGAAAAGGGUUCUUCUCUUCAGGUCUCGUUCUCGUUUUUUUUUUUUUUUUUCUUAAGCGUUGCCUAUGUGGUUGUUCAUACAAGGAAAAGAAAGAACAAUGUUCUCAGUUUUCAGUGAUGGAAGAUUGUGUUUUGUUGUGGGAAAAAAAGGCUUGAAGGUCAUAGGUCCCUAUCAAAUGUUCGAACAGAUACGUUCUCUGCAUUUCAAAGAAUGUUGCCUAUUGUCAAUCAGUUCUAUGUAUUUAUUUUUUGAAGAAAGUCUCCUGGUCAGGGAGUGAGGGUUUUUUUCUGCCUGUGAUUAUAGAAGGCGUUGUUGCCAUUUUAACUAUACACCUUUUCUUAGCAGGAGUCCAAUGUCAACGGCUGACCGCAUUCCCAAACGAAAUGUACAUUAUAUUAGGAACAUAAUGAAUAUAGCAUUUUCAUUUUUAGAGGUUGUAUUUGUUUUUUACCAACAUAUUUAUUAUACGGUGCUUUAUGAAAUUAACCUUGGCAAUACAAUUGUGUCCAGUGACUAUGCUGUAAGUUGGAGGUUCUGGUUCGAGCUGUCGUACGUCCUAUUUUUGCUAUGAAGAUCUUCUAGGCAGAACCUCCCCCCUCCUUCCUCGCAAAAAAAAAAAUGCCACGGAUUUCUUUUACACUCCGCCAAGGUCCUUCCUCUUUGAAAAUGAAAGCUGUGCUUCGCUCUCCUAAUUUUAAGUCCGAGUUUGACUGGGCCUGUUUUAAUAGCAAGGUGCAGCCACUUUGCAGUUUUGCGCUCUCCUUAAGAUGAUGAUGAAAUUUAUUUUCAAUGCAUUAUUUUUGCACUCAUGUUAAUGUUAAUAAUAUUAAUAAUAAUAAUAUUAAUAAUCUAUAUUUGUCGCUUCCCGGCAUAGCCAAGUUCAAAGUUCUAAGAGAUGCACUUAACAAGGACAUCCCCGAGGCCUUGCGCAGUCCCAUCGUUUGCCUGUAUAUUGGUGUCUUGUGUGUGUUUUUUAGUCAGACUCUGUAGCGCUGAGGGGCCAUAGGAGAAUGGCGAUGGAUGUGAUCCAAGGUCCAACUUUUUAAACGGAGAAUCAAAGGCCGAUUGUUAUCUAAUAUCACCACCACCACCCAAGACAGGGCGCAGUUGGAAAUGGAAAUAUGUUUUUUUUCUAUUUUGAAAUAGCCUAUUUUAUUGCUUUGUUUAUAUUUUUAAUGUUCUGUGUCCUUAUAUAAUGUGUGAUAGACUUGUAUGUAGUUUAUUUAAAAAAAGAGGAAAAAAAGUGUUGAGCUGUCGACUUUGUUUCUGCUGGAAGUGGAUGUUUUGUCCGCUGCUUCCUGUUUCUAGACUCUGCUCAGAUGAGUGCGUCAUCCAUCCAUCCAUCCAUCCAUCCAUUCAUUCAUCCAUUCAUCCAUCAGGGCCUGUGUGGCAUGGAGGAUGAUGCCCUGCUGUCUCCUCUCGCUCAGAGCCUCACUCAUGGAGUUUUUGUAAAGACCUUCAGUUUGUGUCAGUAAAGAAACUAUGGGCAUACACGUUCCACUCUGGGGCAAG